AUGGAUAAGGAAGGCGAAGACGCACAUGGAGGAGGUAUCAAAAUUCCAAACCCUAACCCUAAUCUCAGCAAUGGCUCAGCGAAGGGAAAGUCAUGCAAGGGUUGCCUCUAUUACUCUUCCACACAGAAAUCCAAAUCCAAAUAUCCCACCUGCGUUGGCCUCUCCAAAACCCUCCAACAAGUGCCCAGCUACAUUGUGGGAGAGACUGAGUUGGAGGCUUCUAAAGCGGACCGCAGCCUUACAGAUUUCAAGUAUGCUUGCGUAGGUUACUCGGUGUUCCUAGACAGAAAAGAUUCUCCUAGUGAUCAGCAGAAUAAACAAGCGGAAUUGCCGUUUUGUGUUGGUCUUGAGGUAUUGUAUGACAAAAAACCUGCAGGCCAUGCUCAGGCUGAUGCUCCUGCUCAUAAAAUUGAAGAAAAUGUUCGGCCGAUUCCUCAACCCCGAAGCUACAGACCACCACAUUCAACAGGAGAUGAAUAUCUCAACAGGUUUAAGAGGAAUGCAAUACUAGUAGCAUCAGGUGUUGCUAAGAAUGUGAAUAGAGUGGGAAACUACAUCAAACAGAGUGUGGAUGACAUUCUAUACCCUUACCGUAGAAGGCCUAAGUAA